GAAGCCGACGCAGCGAACGCAUUCGCAACGAAUUCUAACGGAAACGAACGGUAACUAACUAACGGACAAACGACCAGACAUAGACAAAAGAACUCAACAAAAAAGACUAUAGACAAGACAAUAAAGUUUCAAAAAACGAAAAAAAAAACGCGUUGCAAUAGUGAACGUGCGCGCCUUACUUGUGAGCUGUUAAAUUAAUUUUUAAAGCAUACUUUCCAGCGUUUAGUGCGGUUUAGCGAACUUUUUGCUGUUUUUCAACACUUAUUUUAAACACAGUUAUACGCUCGGCAUUUUAGUGAUCACGCAGUGUGUGUGCGCCUAAAACGCGGCAACGUACAACUACAACAACCAUGGCAACUAGACAACAUUUAUCAUCAGCAGCGCCUUGGGCUAUGCUGCGCCUGUGGCUAGUGCUCGGCAUGACGUUGAACGCACUCCAACAACCACGCCUGGUUGAGGCUGCCGCCAUUGAUGCUGACGGUCCUGCCGCUCCGCCCUACGACCUGGAUUCGUUGAUAAAUCAGCUUGUGUAUCCAAAUCCGGUAUAUCAAUUGCAUGCCUCCGCUCUACGCAGCCAAUUACGUAACUUACUACGCGAACGUCAGCUGGCCGCCGACACCGCCGCCGCAGCCAACGAGAAUGAACAGGCUUACAACGCCGCCGCGCCCGAUUACGACUACAUCGACGAAGACAAACGUUCCGUCGCCUCGCUGGCCGCACAGGGUAUGCUACAUCCCAAACGCAGUUUGGCAACACUCGCCAAGAACGGGCAAUUGCCCUCACUACCCGAUCCCGAGGACGCCGAACCGACAGCACCAAAUGAAGAUAAACGUUACGUCGGCGCUUUGGCGCGCAGCGGUGGUUUCGCCACCUACGGCAAACGCAACAUCGGCACACUGGCACGUGACUACCAGUUGCCACAGAAUGGCAAACGUAAUCUGGCAACAUUGGCGCGUCUGGGACUGCUCACUAAGGGCGACGGCAGCAAGCGUAAUUUGGCCGCUGUGGCACGCUACAACUCGCACGGACGUCAGGCAACACUCGCACCGGCUGAGAAGCGUAAUAUUGGCGCACUGAAGGCUUCACCCGUGCAUGGCAUACAGCAUAAGCGCGAUGAGGAUGAGGUUUACUUGCCGGCCAGUCUUUUCGGUAGCGAUAUGGACUAUGCUGAAUUCAUGCCCAACUAUUGGUUGUAUCCCAGCUAUGCCGAUUUGGACUGGGGUGAUUUUGGACGCGCCCAGAAACGCUUUCUAGAUACCUCCAGGAAUCCCGAACUUUUUGGCAUCGAAAAUGCCGGACCGCCUGCCGACUCUGACUAUAUGCCGCUUAUUGGCGAUUUGGAUCCUGGUGACGAGGCUGAUGAGACGUUGGACGUAGCCACCGCACCGCCAAUUGGAGCUCCUUACGGACCGCCACAACAGAAACGUCACAUUGGCGCUGUCUAUCGCUCGGGCUUCCUGCCCACUUAUCGUUCGUUGCGCAGCAUCUCUGGUGGUCUUGGUGGCAGCAUCGGCGGUGGCGGUGGCGGUCGUUUCAGUCGCUCUGGACGUGCCAGGCAAUUUGUCGAGUACUACCCCCCACACGAGCGACUGCAUCAACCCACCGCGGCCGCUUGUAAACGCUGUUACCUACCCUAUCGCCCAGUGGUGAACUGGGGCGGUGCUGCCGGUAUACGCGGGCGACUAAACAACAAUAAAUACUAUGCCUACACGAUCAACAACAAUAAUAACCAUAACAAUAAUGCUGAUAAUACCGACACCGAUGCGAGCAGCAUGCUGCUCACGAAUGCUCUUCCUACAUCAAUCAAUCGACCACCGAUCGCUUACGCCUCCACCGCUAGCAACAAUUACUACUUUAAUAGCGGCGGUAAUAACAACAAAAACAGUAAGCAGAAAAAUCGCUACAACAACAAUAAGAGCGCAUAUCGUGCGCGCGCACGCUCAAUAGCCGGCGCAUCAACGGCACUCGGUCGUUCACAGCAUUGGGGCACACCACCGCGUAUAACAGCAUUGCACCGUCGCAGUUUUCGUCGACCCGUUACGGACUCCAUGGAAAAUGACGCUAACUGAAUGUGAAUGAAAAAAAAAAAAUUAAGGAAAAAAAAGCAAAAAAAAAUUACAACAAAAACUAUAAAUAUAUAUGAGACAAUAAUUAUGUUGAAGUGAGUAUGUAAAAGAAAAAUUGAAAUUAAAUAUAUAUUAGCGCAUGUAAUAGCCAGUUUUGAAGCAGCAAAUUUGAAAAAAAAAUAAUAAAAAAAAUAAAAUUAAAAAAUAUAUACAAAAACAACUAACUAGUGAACUAUAUAUACAUAUGAAUGCGUAAAUUGCAUAUUUUAUUGUAGUUGUUAGGUUGAAAUGACAAUAAUUGUGUAUUUGAAAAAAUGUUUCAAAGUCAAAAACAAUAUUUCAACAAAAAAAUAUUUAAAAAAAAAUAUUGAGAGAAUAACUGAGACGACAAUAAAUGAGAGUGACAAUAAUUGACACACACACACACAUACACAAUGAAAUGACAAACACAAACGCUCAAAACCAAACGGUAAACAGCUUGUACUAUUUUGAAAACAUAUUUUUAAAAUGUAUAAAAGUUAUAUAUGACAACGCUAUAGCAAAGAUGUUGAGUGAGGCGAAUAGAGGAAGGAGAAAAAAGCAAAUAACAAAAAACAGAUUUUUUUUUUCAAAAAAUUUAUUUAAAAUUUUUUUUUUCAAAAAAAAUUAUCAAAAAAUGUUCUUCAAAUAAUAUAUCAAAACAAAACAUUUUACCCAAAAAGAAGAAAUUAAAAAAAAAAUAAUUUUUCACAUCAAUUUUAUUUCUCAAGAGUGUACUUUGUAGUAAAUUUGUGAAAAAAAAACUCAAAAUGAAGUAUACAUUCCGGCGCAUUUUCUCAUUAUGCGCUACAAUCAAAGUGUAUUUCAUUUUGAUAACGGUUUUGAGUGCGGUUGGUGUUUUGAAAUAGAAAUACCGUUAGUUGUAGGCUUGAAGAAGCACAUGUUCUACUUAUAUGUCAGUAUGUAUAUGUCAAUAACUGGAAUAUGUGCUUUGUUAUAGCAUGCAGUCGAUUUCAUUUGUUAUGUCGCUGAGGAUAUAACAGCAUUUUGACUCAGGCAAAAUAUGGUCAAAAUGGAAAUCGCUGAGAUGCUAUGCGACGAGUGGAUGAGAGUGAAGAGGAAGAGAUGAAGGACGAGAAAGAUAAAAAAGCAUAAAAUAAGAGGGAUUUAUGAAUUAAAAAAUAUUUUGUACAUUUUUUAAACAAUAAUAACGGUACAUUUUUUAUUAAAAAUUAUUUAAAAAAAAAAUAAAAUAUUUUUCUUAAAUAUGGGCUGGAAAAUAUUUAUGAAAAUAUUUUAAAAAUAAAAUUAAAAUUAUUUAUUAAAAAAUAAUAAAAAUUAUUUAUUAAAAAAAAAAAUAAUAAAAAUUAUUUAUUUAUUAAAAAAAAUGUGUUUAAAAAAUUUAAAAAAAAAUGUUUUAAGAAAUAUUUUUUUACAAACUCAAAUUCCACCUCAUUGCUAUAGUCUUGUCAUAUACAGCAAAAACUAAUUAUGAAUUAUAUAUCAAUGAACGAUUUCAAAAAAAUAAAGCAUGGCAUAUCAAAAAGGCAGUCUACAAAUUAUCUAUCUACUCUUAAUUCAUGAAAAAAAAUAAAAAAAAUAAUAUUGAAAAAAAUUUUGAAAAAAUAUGUACUUUCUUGAAAGUUAAUAAUACGAUUUAUUAAAUUUUUUUUAUAAAUUUAAAAAAAUACAUUGCAAUUCAUAAACUUAUGUCAACCUAUACUACAUAUAACGGAACAUAUCCGCUGAAUAAUGAAUGGACUAAUAAGCAUUUUUUGAAGAAAAUAAAUUUUUUAAAUAAUUGUUUUUAUUUAUUUUUUUUUUUAAUUUUUAGUAGUAAAAUAUAAAAUAAAUAAUAAUAAUUUUAUUAAUUUAAUUAAAAUUUUUUUUUUAUUGUUUACUAAUUAAAAAUAAUUAAAAAAAUAUUUUAUUUCAUUUAAUUUUUUUUAAUAAGUUUUUUGUAUAAUGUUAUAUAAAUAAUGCAGAAAACUUUUAAUUUUUAAAAUUAUUGUUUUUUUAUUAUUUAAAUAUUUUUAUUUCAUAAUAAAUACAACAAAAAAAAUAUUUAAGUAUUUAAUUAUAAUUUUUUUUAUUUUACUUAUAAUUUUUGUCUUUGAACUGGCCCCUAAAAUCUUCUCAAAAAUGUUUGUCAUUUCAUAUUUAAUUUUUUUUUAUUUUUUUAGUAUGUAUUAGAAAUUAAUAAAAAAAUUAAAAAAAAAUUUAUAAACAACACUUAACAAACAUAUUUACUGUAUUUACACCAUAUCUGCUCAACUUAUCUUUACUAACAUAUUGCAUGUCCUCAGUAUACUAACAACUAUUAACUACAAAAACAAAAACAAAAAUACUAUGAAUUUAUUAAAAUAUCUACACUUAUACAUUUAAAUAAAAAUAUACUCUUUAUCAUCUUAAUGUUUUGAAACAACAAAUACUUAUACUAAAAAAAUAAAUAUUUUUGCUUACAUAAAUGGCUGGAGCUAAUAAUGCAAUGUGUGUGACAAUAAAUUAAUAAAAUGGAAAAUAUUAAAAAUAAAAUUUAAAAAAUAUAUUUGAAAUUUCGAUAUUGAUAACUAAUUUUUUUAAUAAAUAAAAAUAUUAAAAUAAAUGCUGUGUUUUAUUAUGGACUUAAGUAAAAAGAUAUUUAAUUUUUUUCAUAUUUUUUAAUAAAGAAAUAAUAUAUAUUAAAAAAAUUUCAUUUUAGUUUUUUUUUUUCAAUCAAAAAUUAAAAUAAAAAAUUUUAAAGAAAAAUUAAAUAAUAAAAUAAAUUUAAAAAAAUAUUUAAAUACUUAAUUUACAAAAAAAUAUUUAAUAAUUGAACUAAUUUUUUUUAUAUUUAAAUUUUUUCACUUAGGACCUUUUAAUUUAAAAAAAUAUUAAUUAAUGAAGCAAAAAUAGUGUCAGAUAUAAAUAAAUAAAAAUAAAAUCAAAAUUAAUUAUUUCGAAACAAAAUUAUAUAAAUGCUUAGAGAACUUAAAAAUAUUUGAUUUUUCACUUUUAAGUGAAUAUACAGUGAAUUUGAGACAUCAAGACAAUACUGCGUAGAAGACAAUAAUAGCUGAGGUAACUAUUUGAAGAGUACCAAAAGCAACAAGGUGACAAUAAAAAUUGAAUGAAACUUGUAUAAUUAUAUACAUACAUAUAUAAAAAAAUAUAUAUAGACGAAGAAGAAGAAAAAUUAUGUAAAAAAUGGAAGAACUUUUUUUCUGUUAAUAAACAAAAACUAUAUUUUUAUGAGAAGCAGAGCAGAGCAAGAAAAUUUUAUUUAUGAAUCUACAAGCAGCUUGCUGACUGUUAUAAUCGACAAUAAAUAUGAUGAACUUGUUCAAAUUAUCAACAAUUUUAUGAAUAAAAAAAUUUUAAGAAGCAUGAAAGCGUUAAACAAAAAUAAAAAAAAAAAACAAAAAAAAAUAUUUUGAAAAAAAAAUAAAUAAAUACAUAAAACAAAACAAAAUUGAAAACAAAAAUUGAAUUUUGAAAAAAUAAAUAUAUAAAACACAAAAGGGUUCAUAAAAAUUUGCAUGUACUGUUGAAUUAUAUUAUGUAGCAAAUAUACAAAGAAGUUGAAAGCAAAUAAAAAUACAAAAAAAAUACAAAAAAAAAUUUUAAUUGAAUUGAAAAAAUUAGAAAAAAAAAUAGAAAACUGUUCGAUUUCAAUGUUGUUCUAUAUAAAUAUUAUACACGUAUAUACCUUACUACUAGACGUUUGAAAAAAUAUAUAUUUGAAAAAAAAAAUAAUUGUAAAAAAAUUCAAUUAAAAAUUGUUAAGUGCUAAAGAAAAAUGAUAGACAAUAAAGAAAAAUAUGCAUAUGUGUACGUAUUUAUUCGAAAUCACAACAAACACAACACAUACAUACACACACCAACAACAAUAAUUAAUUAAAACUGAGACAUAUGUGUAGCAUGUAAUUCAAUAAUGGUCGUAAUACUAUGUAAGGCUGAUGUGGUCAAUAAUAUAUUUACAAAACAAAACAAAAAAUAAAUGCAGCAAAAACAAAAAUAAAUAAUGAAUUAAAAAAACUAAAGCAGCGAAAAAAAUUAAAAAAAUCAUAUACAUAUAUAUUAAAAAAAAACAAUUUGAGUAUGAAAAAAAUAUACUUGUUACAUGUACAUACCUCUAUGUAUACAUACAUACAAACUAUUUACUGAAUAUAUGCUUAUAAAUAAAAGAUAAUAAUGUUUGAUGUGCUUUUCUUGAACAAAAAAAAAAUUAAUUAAAAUAUAUACAAUAUAAAUGUAUAAGAAACACUUACAUAUAUUUACAUUAUAUAAUAUUUGAAAAAAAUACAUAUAUAUAACUAUAUACUAAUAUAUACACAUAUAAAUGUAAAGUGCACACAUUUAUAUGCAUGUAAACGUAAUGAAAUUCUCCCCUGAAACGCUUAAAAAUGCUUUGAUCGACAACAAAAUCCGGCGAUCAUUCAUUUUGAGCAUUGAAUUGACAGUUGAUUAUCAAAAUGUAUGAAUAUUAUCGUAAUAUGUAAUAUCAUCAUGUAAUAAAAACUAAAAACAAAACUAUGUAUAAAUAAGUAAAUAAAGGUACCCACUAUAUAUAUAUAAAUGGUUUGCUCCUACACUAAAAACUAAAAAAAAACAA